UCAAGUACCCAAACCCAACCCAAUCCCUUUCCCCAAGAAGAAGAGAUCAUUUCCUUCCUCCCAAUCUCCGACGGGAUCCCCUCGAUGGCGACGCCCCACUCUCCGAGCACCCGCGCCGACGCGCCCCUCGACUCCGCGCCGCUGCUCGGCGGAGCCGGCGGCGGGGGCCGGCGCCGCGGGGGCGCGCUCCGCCGGCCCUCCCUCCGCGGCGCGGCGCGGCUGCUGCGCCGCGGAGGGCGGCGGGCGAUGCGGGAGCCGUCGGUGCUGGUGAGGGAGGCCGCGGCGGAGCACCUCGAGGAGCGGCAGGCGGACUGGGCCUACUCCCGCCCCGUAGUGGCGCUCGACCUGCUCUGGAACCUUGCCUUCAUCACCGUCGCCGCGGUCGUGCUCGUGCUCAGCCGCGACGAGGACUCGCCCAUGCCGCUCCGGACCUGGGUCGCCGGCUACGCCCUGCAGUGCGUCGUCCACAUGGUCUGCGUAGCCAUUGAGUACCGGACGCGCCACGGCCGGCGCGGUGGGGACCCGGCAGCCGCCGACGAGGAGAGGGGCAGUGACGGAUCGUCCUCGUCCAGUGAUGAGGAUGUCAGGGAGCAUGAUCGCCGUGGUCGCCGUACCGAUUACGUGAGUAUCGCAAAACACCUGGAGUCUGCUAAUACAAUGUUCUCCUUCAUAUGGUGGAUAAUUGGAUUUUAUUGGAUAUCUGCUGGAGGUGAAGAGGUUAUCCAGGAUGCCCCUCAACUUUACUGGCUUUGCAUAGUCUUUCUGGCAUUCGAUGUGUUCUUUGUUGUAUUCUGCGUUGCUCUGGCCUGUAUCAUUGGCAUUGCUGUUUGUUGUUGCCUCCCUUGCAUUAUAGCAAUUCUAUAUGCAGUGUCUGAUCAGGAAGGAGCAUCUGAAGAUGACAUUCGCCAAAUUCCAAAAUACAAAUUUCGGCGGACUGAUGAGCCUGAAAAGCAAGCUGUUGAUCCCAUGGGGCCUUGUGGUGGAAUAAUGACAGAAUGUGGCACCAACCUACCUAUUGAGAAAGUGCUUGCAGCUGAAGAUGCAGAGUGUUGUAUUUGCCUUUCGGUAUAUGACGAUGGUGCAGAGUUGCGCGAACUCCCUUGUGGGCACCAUUUCCACUGUGCCUGCAUUGAUAAGUGGCUGCACAUCAAUGCAACGUGUCCCCUGUGCAAGUAUAACAUUCGGAAAAGCAGCAGUAGCAGCGGAAGUGAAGAAGUGUGAAUGUCAUCCGCUUGAGAAUGCCGAUCCAUUUCUACUCCAAACCUGUGCCUUCGCUAAUGUAACUCCACGUCAUGACCGGUGUAAAUUUUUGUAUCCAAAAUGUGCUGAUAGAGUCAAUUAUGUAUUAAAGUAACUCAAACUUCUGUUCAUAUGUCACAUAAGUUAAUAAAUAGUUGAGUGUUUCUUUGUA